AUGAGUAAAUUUACUGCAAUAUUAAAAAAAGAAUUCCCGGCCAUGGACAAUGAGUCCAAAGACUAUGUAGAGGGUGUGCUGGAAUCCAUAGAUGAUUUCGAGACAGCUGAUGAUAUUUACGAUGCUGUGGGUGAUAUUCUGCAAAGUGUCAAUAGUGAAAAGUCAGAGGAUGAUGUUCGUCAAUUGUGUGAACAAUUUUUCAAUAUCAUGAAUAUUGGCAAUAAUAAUACGACACAGCAAAAGGUGCUGAAUGCACCGGUUAAUAUUGCCGAAAUGGCGAAAAAUAUGGAAAGCGGUGAUGGUGAUAUGCACAGUAUAUGGCUGGUUAAUAAAGAUGCUGGCAAUAAAGUUGAUGCCAAAAAAUUGGAAAAGGCCCAGGCCAAGCUGCAACAGAAACAGGAGAAACGCCAGGAUGCCAACAAGGGACCUCAGGCACCGGUUAAAUUGCAACAGGCCACCGCCUCACAGGUUACAAAUAAAAAAGCCACAAAAAUGGAUGCCAAAGGAACAAAUCGUUCCAUGGAUAUUAAAAUUGAGAAUUUCGAUUUGGCCUUCGGUGACAAAGUUCUGCUGCAAAAUGCCAAUUUGUUGUUGUCUUUCGGACGCCGUUAUGGUCUGGUGGGUCGCAAUGGUUUGGGCAAGACCACCCUGCUGCGUAUGAUAUCGGAACGUCAACUACAAAUACCUUCCCAUAUUUCCGUACUGCACGUAGAGCAGGAAGUUGUGGGUGAUGAUACGCCCGCGGUGGACAGUGUACUUGAAUGUGAUACAGAGCGUACCCGUCUUUUGGCGAGAGAGAAAGAAAUUAUGGCUUUGCUGAAUAGUGGUACCCAGGAUGCCCAAUUAAAUACGGAAUUGAGUGAAGUUUAUACGGCUUUGCAAAACAUCGAAGCCGAUAAGGCUGUGGCACGAGCCUCGGUGAUUCUCAAAGGUUUGGGUUUCGAUGCCGAUAUGCAACAGAGACCCACUAAAUCAUUUUCUGGUGGUUGGCGUAUGCGUUUGGCCUUGGCUCGAGCAUUGUUUUCACGACCCGAUCUGCUAUUGCUCGAUGAACCCACUAACAUGUUGGAUAUUAAAGCCAUUAUAUGGUUGGAAACAUAUUUGCAAACAUGGCCCACAACCAUAUUGGUGGUUUCUCACGAUCGUAAUUUCUUGGAUACUGUGCCAACCGAUAUCUUACAUUUACAUUCCCAGCAAUUGGAGGCUUAUAAGGGCAACUAUGAACAGUUCGAGAAAACGAAAAAUGAAAAACUCAAGGCCCAAAGGCGUGAAUAUGAAGCCCAAUUGGCCCAUCGUCAACAUGUCCAGGAGUUUAUCGAUCGUUUCCGUUACAAUGCAAAUCGGGCGGCCUCGGUCCAGUCUAAAAUUAAAAUGUUGGAAAAAUUACCCGAACUGAAACCUGUCGAAAAAGAAGUUGAGGUUAAACUGAAAUUCCCCGAAGUGGAACCCCUGAAUCCACCUGUCUUGGCUAUAUCGGAAAUUGAAUUUAGAUAUAAUCCCAAGGAUCCAUUACCUGUGUUCACCAACGUGAAUCUUUCGGCUACCUCAGACUCCAGAAUAUGUAUUGUUGGUGAAAAUGGUGCCGGUAAAUCGACAUUGCUGAAAAUCAUUGUUGGCCAACUGACCACACCAAUUGGCAACAUAACCCUACAUCGUAGCCUGAGAAUAGGUUAUUUUGCCCAGCAUCAUGUUGACCAUCUGAAUAUGAAUCUAACAUGUGUGGGUGUAUUGGCGGAAUUAUUUCCCGGACGGCCGGAUGAGGAAUAUCGUCGUCAAUUAGGUAGUUUUGGUAUUUCGGGUACCUUGGCUUUGCAAAGUUUGGCCAGUUUGUCGGGAGGACAAAAAUCCCGGGUGGCUUUGGCGAAAAUGUGCAUGGCUGAGCCAAAUUUCCUAGUACUUGAUGAACCUACAAAUCAUUUAGAUAUUGAAACAAUAGAUGCCCUGGGAAAGGCCAUUAAUGCCUUCAAGGGUGGUGUCAUUCUAGUAUCUCACGACGAACGCCUCAUUAAAGUCGUUUGCAAAGAAUUAUGGGUCUGUGGCAAUCGUACCGUACGGGCAAUGGAAGGCGGUCUAGAUGAAUAUAAACGUGAAGUCUACAAAGAAAUUGAAGCCAAUAGUUAAAUUUGUUUUUUCCC